AUGUCCCUCCUCAUCGGCAAAGUCGCCGCCAUCACAGGCGGCCUGACCGGAAUCGGCAGGGCCAUUGCCCUCGACUACCUCCGUCAUGGAGCCCACGUCGCCAUCAAUUAUCUCGGCUCUCCAUGCGAUGAACCCCUACUAGAGUCCUUACGCACCGAUGUCGCCGCCCUAGGCGCCACAGACCGCUUCCUCGCCGUACCAGGCGAUGUCUCGCAACCGGACACCGGGACGGCCUUUGUCGCGCGCACGGUCGACGCCUUCGGUCGACUGGACGUCUUCGUUAGCAAUGCAGGGGUGUGUCAGUUUGAGGACUUUCUCGAGGUCGACCCCACCCUCCUCAACCACACCGUCUCAACCAAUCUCUCCGGCGCAUUCUACGCAACCCAAGCAGCAGCCCGCCAAAUGGCGCGCGCGCAGUCUCCCCCCGGCGGAUCCAUCAUCGGGAUCAGCUCCAUCUCAGCGCUGGUAGGCGGUGCCGGCCAAACGCACUACACGCCGACUAAGGCGGGCGUGCUGAGUCUCAUGCAGUCUUGUGCGUGUGCGCUGGGUAAAUACGGUAUUCGCUGUAAUGCGCUUUUACCGGGGACGAUCCGUACUCAGUUGAAUGAUGCUGAUAUGGCUGAUCCGGAGAAAAGGAAGUAUAUGGAGGGCCGGAUUCCGCUGGGCAGGUUGGGGAAAACGGGGGAUUUGGCGGGGCCGGCGGUGUUUUUGGCGUGUGAGGAGUUGAGUGGUUAUGUAACAGGGGCGCAGUUGCUGGUCGAUGGAGGACUCUUUGUGAAUCUCCAGUAG